AUGGACGCUAAGGAGCCCAGGGGUGCCGCCGCGUCUGUCAGGGUACUGCGGACGAGGUCAGAGCAGAAGCUCUGUGACCCCACAGGGCUUCCCAACACGCGGACCCCCUCGUGGGUGAGGGGAAGGCCCUCGGGGAGCUCGUCACCUUCUCCACUCUUCUCCUUCUCUUCCUUCCGCUCCCCUUCCUUCACUUCCCCCCCCUGUUCCUCCCCUCCCUCCUCUCCUCCCUUCCCCCCCCCUUGCCUUCGCAUGCCCACUCGUUCCCCACCCACCUGCCUCCCAUCCACCUCCCCCUCACUCUCACAUCCAUUCCCAUCCUUUCUCUCCCAUCCUAGUCCGCUUCUGCCACUCCUCCCGCCCUCCCAUCCUUCACUAAGUGGUCGGCUGAGUUUGUCUCUUCACCUCGCUGCCUUGUUGCCAUCUCUUCUCCCCCCCCCCCCGCCUCUUUCUCUUCCCAGCUCUCCUCCUCCUCUUCCUUCCGCUCCCCUCCCUUCACUUCUCCCCUUUUUUCCUCCCCUCGCUGCUCCUCCCUUCCCUUCUCUCCUCCCUUCCCUUCUCUCCUCCCUUCCCUUCUCUCCUCCCUUCCCUUCUCUCCUCCCUUCCCUUCUCUCCUCCCUUCCCCCUCUCUUGCCUUCCCUGCUGCCCUUCUCUCUCCCCAUCUCCCCUCCAUCCCAUCCUCCUCUCACUCCCCCCUCGCCUCUCCCACCACCACCGCUGAGCCAGCACACAUUCCUGCACGCCUCUCAUGCUCCACGCAUCCCAUGCCUCCUCCAUUCCUCCCACCAUCGCCACACCUCCCACCUCCUCCUUUCCUCCCACCCACCAUAG